UGCAUCGCGUUGCAGGUAAAUUGCUUGUGUCCAUGUGUGUGAGAUUUGUGUGACAUAUUAUUUAUCAAAAUGAAAGUUAAAAGUAAAACAAAAAUUUUGAGAGAUAAAGCACUUAGAAAAGCUGUAUCUAAUAAAACAAGAGUCUCGAAAAGUGCUGGUGAAUCGGCCUUAAAAAAAGCUGUGAAAAAUGUGAAAGAAGUUAUCGAGAAAAAACAGAUUGAAUAUAGGUCGGCAAGAAAUAAGCUGAAAGAAUCACUUAUUAAGAAAAAUGCAAAAAAGGAAUGGGUAUUUAAGUCUAGUAGGGGAGUUUUAUAUCUUGGUCAUAUACCACAUGGAUUCUUUGAAGAACAAAUGAAAGAUUAUUUUACACAAUUUGGUAAAGUUACCAAAGUAAGGCUUGUAAGGUCUAGCAAGACCGGAACAAGUCGUGGUUUUGGUUACGUUGAAUUUCUAGUUCCUGAGGUGGCUAAGGUAGCAGCAGAAACAAUGAAUAAUUAUUUAAUGUGUGGUAGAUUAAUGAAAGCGACUUACAUACCACCAGAGGAACAGCACUUUGGCUUCUUCGCAGGAAAAAAUUGGUCCAAGAAGAAAUAUCCAAGAGCCGUAAAUAGAAAAAUGGUAACAGCUAAUAGAAAUUCUAUAAUAAGUGACCGAAAGUACAAACAGUAUACUAAGAAAAGUUUAAAAAAUCUUACAAAGUUGGAAGAGAAAUUAAAAGCAAAAGGUAUUGAUUUAAAAUUCAAACCGGUUGAUAAUAUCGAUGAGUAGAUAUAAGAAAUUUUGUAUUGUAAUUCACCGAUGUGAUUUUUAUUAAUACAUUUUAUUUGUCUUUACGAAACAAACUACAACUUAAAAUAAUACAGUUAAACAAAUAUUAAUUAAUUUGUUUUAAGUAAUGUACAAAUUUUGAAAGGAUUUACAUAACUUAUUACAAGUAAAAAUAAGUAACAUUAACUAUUAUGUACAAUUAUAUAUAUGUACAUUCAAAUACUUAGCGUAUCAAGAUACAGUACUUCGUUCUUGUAAAUUAGCUGUAUUUCCUUUAGUUCUUUUCCAUUUCAUGCGUCUAUUUUGAAACCAUACUUUAAUCUAUGUAUAAGAAUAGAUAAGAUUUUAUCAAUAAUUUUGUUAUAUAUGUUCCCAUGUAGAAUAUAUAUAAAAUAUAAAAAUAUAAGUUAUAUAAUAAA